UACAAAAAUUAGAUAAUGUAAAUGCAAAUGCAUUAGUUAAUGUUUAAUCACAAAUUGCAACUGGCAAGAUUUGAAAAAUAUAAGAAAGAUAAUGAUGGGCCAGGCUCAGGCCCAGAGAGGAGCAGAUGAAAAGAACCAGAAAGUCGCUCAGCCAAGUUGGGUUCGGGCCCAAACAGACUGAAAUUUAGUAAUUUACCCUCACCGCCAGCCUCACUCAGGCCCUGUCGAUCUCUUCUCACCUCCCGCCAUCGAUACGAAACGCAAAAAUUGAGAAAAGGCGGGAAAGUUCAACGAUCAUAAUAAAAAUAUUAAUUUCUUAAAUAAUUCAAAAAAAUUGUCAGCUAAAAACGCCCCUUCUUCCAUGCCUUCUAGAAACACAUAGCUUCACAAAAUUCUCUCUCCCGGAAUGGAAUCAAACGAUCCCUUCGCUUCCAUGGCGCAGCUCUGCAGAGUCUCGGCUUCUCAGGAAUCGCAACUCCUUCUCCCUGGCUCCGAUCAGCACUCUGACAACGACGUAAAUUCCGGCGAAAUCACGGAGGAAUCCGCCGCGAUAACGACGGAGACCGACGAUGACAGCUAUGAGGUGAAUCAGAAUCCAAUUGAAGGGGAAAACGCAUACCUCUUCCACACGCCUCCUGAAUUCUCCUCCAGCGUCUCCGAUAACGAAGUCUUCCACACGCCGAGGCGAGCUUCUUCCAGCAGUCUGCCGAGCUCUCAGAAUCAGGAGCCGCAACCGGAGGGAUUCGUCGACGGAGGAGGAGGAGGACGCGAAGAAGGUCGCACGGAGAAGCAUGCUGGAGAUAGCGACGACAAAGAAGAAGAAGAAGAAGAAGAAGAAACGUUGGGGCUCGCCGUCGAUUUGGGGGAGGACACAGAUCUAGGGUUUUCCAUAAUGGCAGCAUCGGAGUCUGCUGACAGAACUGGAAGCAUUUCGCUCGUGGAAGUUCCAGAAGCUGUCGAUCAUGGUCAUGAGAUGAAGGUAAUUCGCUCUGAGUCCAUGGAGUCUAGGGUCUCAGAAAAGAAAUCUGUUUCAAAUCCUGAAAAUAAUGAUAAUGCUUCCGGGCUAACUAUAGAUACGAGGAUCCGGAAGCUUAAGGAAACGCUAGAUAGAUUGAACUAUAUAUCAGAGAAACAGAAGAGGUGGACGAAUAAUGCCGUGGUGGAAAAUGCAGAAGUUUGUUUAUGCCCUGAACUAAGUAUUCUAGAUAGUUCAGUGGAGAAAUCAGGUUUGCCAGAGCACAAAUUCGCAAGUGUAAGCAUGAAUGUGCCUCUAGCUUCUGUGGUGGAAACUGCAGAAGCUUGUUUAUGCCCUGAACUAAGUAUUCUAGAUAGUUCAGUGGAGAAAUCAGGUUUGCAAAAGCACGAAUUCACAAGUUUAAGCAUGAAUGUGAUUCAAGAUGCUCCAAGAGCUAGUCCAGAAGCUAGUUUAUGUCGUGAACCAAGUAUUCUAGAUAGAUCAAUGGAGAAACCAGAUUCUCCAAAGUGUGAAUUGUUAAGUCUAUUUAUGAAUGUGAUUCGAGAUGCUCCAAGAGAUAGUCCAGAAGCUAGAGGGACUCCAGAGAUGAACCAAUUCUCCAUGAUUGAAGACCUUCCAGCUGGGAUGAAGGUUGAUGAUAAUGGGCAGUCUCAUGGUGUGAAGAGGAAGCUAGAGUUAUUCUCACCAGAGGAAAUGGAAUCAGUUCUUGUAGAAAGUAACAGUGGCAAAGAGAAUGAGGCAACAAAGGGUGCACAUGUGAAAAAGGUUGUUCUGCCACAGGGAGCUUCUGCAGAAAUCGAGAAGAACGUGAAACGUGGGAAGAAUGCGAAAUCAGGUUCAACAAAGCAUAAAUUCGCAAGUCCAAGUAUGAAUGUGAUUCAAGAUGCUCUAAUAGAUUGUUCGGUAGCUAGAGGGACUCUCGAGAUCAACAACCACUCGAUGGCUGAAUACAUUCCAGCUGAGAUGAAGGUUGAUGAUAAUGGAAAGUUACAUGGUGGGAAGGGGAAGCUAGAGGCCUUGACAGAGGAAAUGGAAUCAGCUUCUGGAGAAAUUAACAGUGAGAAAGAGCAGGUGGGAACAAAUGGCACACAUGAUUUGGUAGAAAAGCUAGUGCUGCCACGGGGAACUUCUGGAGAAGACGAGAAGAGCGCGAAAUCGUGGAAGAGAGUGAGUGCUUUGGUGAGUCUUGAAGUUCUGGAAUUCCUGAAAAUGUUUGCAGAAGACACUGACGAUGGCGAUUCAGUAUUGGAGAGCAUGAGCCUAUUCGAUAUUGCAAAGAUGCGUGGCAUGACAUUUCCAUAGUACCAGUGUGACAAUACCGAAGGACUUUUGCUGCGACCUACUGUUCUGAGGAUUGGGAUUCCAACAACUUCCAUACUGCAGGUAAAUAUUUUGUUGCUCUGGAUAGGUAAGUCCUUUUACUGCAGGGUAUUGCUCUCAUGGGUUGGUUGUGCAUCUAUUUUAAGAACUCUAAUCUCACCAUAUAUUAUGUGGAGAAGGUAGAAAAACAGCAUCGUCUUCCACUGUAGGGCAUCCUAAACUUUGAAUUUAUAUGCAUGUUCUGUAGGGGAGUUAUGUAAAUCCCUUAAAUGCAUAUAAUUGCAAAGAAAUUUAGUUAAUGUAUCAAUAGACUCGUAUAAAUAUGAUAUUGAUAU